UAUAGCUUCCUCGUACGAAGAAAUUACAUGUUCUUGGGUGUCAUCUUUGCUGGUGCAUUCGGAUUCGAGAUGGCAUUCGACAACGCCUCUGAUAAGAUUUGGGAUGGCUUAAACAAAGGACGACAAUGGAAGGAUAUCCGAGCCAAAUACAUCCAGAGCGAAGACGACGAUGAAUAG